CCGCAAGAAUCCCCCCUCUUCAGCAGCUCGCAACAUCGCCACCGACGAGUGUGCUUGUUUCUUGUCGGAGGAUGUUCUGGGUUUGUGGAACCUAAUUGACUCACUUUGAUAUCCAGAAGAACCAACCCACUGUCAUCAAGAGCUUGUCGCAGGUGUCACGACGCGCCGCCGGCUGAAAUCUGAGCUCCACCGAGCCUCAGACGACAUUUCGCCUGCCACUCGCCUCACAAUCCUUCUCCCUUUCUUCCGUCCGAUUUCCAUCUAGUUCUACCUUUUCCACAGACCACCCGUCAAGAUGGCCGACCAAAAUAUCUCCCAGUACAAGUACUCGGCGAUGUCCAACCUGGUUCUCCAGGCGGAUCGUCGUUUCAUCUCUCGCGUCAACGAUGAACCCACCGGGGACCCGGAGUCCCUCGCCGGCCGCAUCAGCAUCCGGGAAAUGGGAUCGAGGAUGGCGCGGGACGAUGCGCCCAAGACCAAGAAGAAGGCCGGGCUGACGGAUAUCGAGCGAGGCUCCAUUCGCGAAGGCGAGGAUGUGCUCGCUCGCGAACAGAGAAAGACCCAGCGGGGUCAACCAGCGCAAGUACGCGGCCAAGGGAUUCUGUCCGCGGCCGAUGCCCUGGUCGAGGGGUUGAAGUACCGUCCGCGCACCCCUGCCACUCGGGCCACCUAUGACCUCAUCCUCACAAUGACCGCCAGCCAUCUGGGCGAUGUACCACACGAAGUGGUUCGGAGUGCGGCUGAUGCAGUGCUGGAAUUAUUGAAGGACGAGGAUAUGAAGGAUUUCGACAAGAAGAAAGAGAUUGAUGACUUGUUGGGGAGUUCGAUGAACCCCAAGGAAUUCAAUGAGCUCGUCAACUUGGGCAAGAAGAUUACGGACUACGAUGCACAGGAUGACGAUGAAGAGAUGGGCGACGGACUGGCUGGUGAGGGCGAGGCCGAGUUGGAUGAGCGUCAGGGUGUGGCGGUCGUGUUCGAUGAGGAGGAUGAGGAUGACGAACGCCUGGGCACCCUGGACGAAGUCCGCGAUGAUGACGAACUCUCCGAAGACGAUGAAGCCGACCAACAGGAUGCCCCUGGACUUGAUGACGCAACGACCGAGAAAGCGGAUCUCGAAGGAUUAGAAGACGCUGAAGAGAUGGUCAUCGACGGCGGUCUAAAUCGUGGAGACGAACGGCGUAACAAAAAAACCACAGUCCUUGCUCGAGAAAUCGAUGCUUACUGGCUUCAACGCCAGAUCGGUAACGCAUAUCCGGAUGCUCACGUACAACAUGAGAAGGCGACGCAGGCACUCGAGAUCCUGGGAGGCAAAGGAGAGGAUGGCGAGGUGCGGCCCCUCCGCGACGUGGAAAACGAUCUGAUGGAUCUCUUCGAUUACGAGCAUCCCGAACUUGUCGCCACUCUGGUCACGAACCGUGAUAAGAUUGUGUGGGUUACACGUUGGCGACGAGUCGCUGAAGAUGCGGAUGCCCGCCAUCUGGUCGAGAGUGAAAUGGUUGAAGCUGGACACCGUGCUAUUCUAGACGAGAUUCAGGGCAAGGCGACUCGUGAUGAAGCAGGUCGUCCCUCAAAGAAGAUCAAGCUAGAUUUGAUGGACGUGGAUGUGCCCAACGCCCCUCAGCAACAGGAAGAGAAGCAGGAGGAUGGAGGACUAGUGCGAGGUCUGCAGCCAAAGAGAUUGAUCAAUCUGGAGAACCUGGUGUUCCAUCAAGGUAACCACUUGAUGACGAAUCCUAGCGUCAAGCUGCCUCAAGGCUCAACAAAGCGGACGUUCAAGGGAUAUGAAGAGAUUCAUGUGCCGCCCCCUCAGGCCAAGAAGGAGCCUGGCGAGAAGAAUCUUCCCACCACCGAGCUACCCGAGUGGGCUCGCAUUGGCUUCGGAAGUUCAAAGGAGCUGAACCGUAUCCAAUCCAAGUGUUUCCCCGCCGCCUUCCACGAUGAUGGGAACCUGCUUGUCUGUGCUCCCACCGGUUCAGGUAAAACCAACGUUGCUAUGCUUACCAUUCUUCGCGAGAUUGGCAAGAACCGAAACCCGGAGACGGGAGAGAUCAUGCUGGAUGACUUCAAGAUUAUCUACAUUUCUCCCCUGAAGGCAUUGGUGCAGGAACAAGUUGGAAAUCUCGGCAAGCGUUUGGAGCCAUACGGCAUCAAGGUUGCGGAACUGAGCGGUGAUCGCCAGCUCACGAAGCAGCAAAUCGCCGAGACCCAGAUUAUCGUGACGACUCCCGAGAAGUACGAUGUUAUCACUCGGAAGGCCUCAGAGACGAGCUACACCAGACUUGUCCGUCUGAUCGUCAUUGACGAAAUUCACCUUCUCCACGACGAGCGUGGUCCUGUCAUCGAGAGCAUUGUUAGCAGGACCAUCCGCAAGGUAGAACAGACUGGUGACCCGGUUCGUAUCGUGGGUCUCAGUGCUACACUGCCCAACUACCGGGAUGUGGCCAGCUUCCUGCGUGUGGACCCUCUGAAGGGCCUAUUCCACUUCGAUGGCUCCUACAGACCCUGUCCCCUCAAACAAGAAUUUAUUGGAGUUACUGACAAGAAGGCGAUCAAGCAGCUGAAGACCAUGAACGAUAUUUGUUACAACAAGGUUCUUGAGCAGGUUGGCCAGAAGAGAAACCAAAUGCUCAUCUUCGUUCACUCCCGCAAGGAGACGGCCAAGACCGCUAAAUACAUCAGAGACAAGGCUCUAGAGAUGGAGACGAUCGGUCAGAUUCUGCGCAGUGAUGCUGCAAGCAGAGCCAUCUUGGCUGAAGAAGCUGAGUCGGUCGACGACGCUUCGCUCAAAGAUCUGCUGCCUUACGGUUUCGGCAUUCAUCACGCGGGUCUGAGUCUCGCUGAUCGAGACUCCGUCCAGGCGCUUUUCGCCGACGGCAGCAUCCAAGUGCUUGUCUGUACGGCAACUCUUGCCUGGGGUGUCAACUUGCCUGCGCAUACGGUCAUCAUCAAGGGUACCCAGAUCUACUCGCCAGAGAAGGGCAGCUGGGUCGAACUCAGCCCGCAAGACGUUCUGCAAAUGCUCGGUCGUGCUGGUCGACCUCAAUACGAUACCUUCGGUGAGGGUAUCAUCAUCACGUCACAAAGCGAAAUUCAGUACUACCUUUCGCUCCUGAACCAGCAAUUGCCGAUCGAGAGUCAGCUCGUGAGCAAGCUUGCCGACAACAUGAAUGCUGAGAUUGUUCUCGGAAACAUACGUACUCGGGACGAAGGCGUUGACUGGCUGGGCUACACUUACCUGUUCGUCCGCAUGCUCCGCUCUCCUGGUCUGUACAGUGUCGGUGCAGACUACGAAAAUGACGACGCCUUAGAACAGAAGCGUGUUGAUCUGGUUCACUCUGCAGCCGUUAUCUUGGAAAGAGCCGGUCUCGUGAAGUACGACAAGAACACUGGGCGCUUGCAAUCUACGGAACUGGGUCGCAUUGCCUCUCAUUACUACAUUGGCCAUAAUUCCAUGUUGACUUAUGCCCAGCACCUCCAACCCAACAUCACCACGAUCGAGCUGUUCCGGAUCUUCGCUCUUAGCGAUGAAUUCAAGUACAUUCCGGUCCGUCAGGACGAGAAGCUGGAACUUGCUAAGCUGCUUGGUCGUGUGCCUGUUCCUGUCAAGGAAGGAAUCGAUGAGCCUCAUUCCAAGAUCAAUGUCUUGCUUCAGGCUUACAUCUCUCGCCUCAAGCUGGAGGGACUUGCCCUGAUGGCAGAUAUGGUUUAUGUCACCCAGUCAGCCGGUCGUAUUCUCCGCGCUAUCUUCGAGAUCUCACUGAAGAAAGGAUGGUCUUCCGUGGCCAAGACUGCCCUCAACCUUUGCAAGAUGGCUGAGCGGCGCAUGUGGCCCACAAUGUCCCCGCUCCGUCAGUUCCCAUCCUGCCCGCGGGACAUCCUGCAGAAGGCAGAGCGAAUUGACAUCCCUUGGGCUAGCUACUUCGAUCUCGAUCCUCCCCGCAUGGGUGAGCUUCUGGGUAUGCCCAAGGCUGGACGCGUUGUCUGCGAUCUUGUCUCGAAGUUCCCUCGCUUGGACGUCCAAGCCCAGGUUCAACCCGUUACGCGCUCCAUGCUACGGGUUGAACUGACAAUCACGCCCAACUUUGUAUGGGAUGAGACAUUGCACGGAUCGGCCCAGGACUUCUGGAUUCUGGUGGAGGACUGCGAUGGCGAGGAGAUCCUGUUCCACGAUCAGUUCCUCCUGCGGAAAGAUCAUGCGCAAUCAGAGAUGAACGAGCAUCUCGUUGAGUUUACUGUCCCCAUCUCUGAGCCGAUGCCUCCUAACUACUUCAUUUCACUGGUGUCGGAUCGCUGGAUGCACUCGGAAACCAAGAUUGCUGUUUCGUUCCAGAAACUGAUCCUUCCUGAACGUUUCCCGCCUCACACGCCCCUCUUGGAUAUGCAACGGGCGCCAGUAAAGGCGUUGAAGCGCGAGGAUUUCCAGCAGCUGUAUCCCGAGUGGCAGUACUUCAACAAGAUCCAGACGCAGACUUUCAAGUCUCUCCAUGACACAAAUGACAACGUCUUUGUUGGUGCUCCCACUGGCAGCGGAAAGACCGUGUGUGCCGAGCUUGCCUUGCUGCGUCAUUUGUCUCAGCAGGACAGCGGCCGCGCUGUGUACAUUGCUCCAUUCCAAGAGCUGAUUGACCAACGUCUGGCGGACUGGGAGAAGCGAUUCAGCCAGCUUGCCGGAGGUAAGAACAUUGUGAAGCUUACUGGCGAAACCACAGCAGAUCUCAGGCUCUUGGAGCGAGCCGAUAUUGUUCUCGCCACUCCAAAUCAAUGGGAUGUCUUGUCCCGGCAAUGGCGGAAGCGAAAGAAUGUGCGGGCGGUACAACUCUUCAUUGCCGAUGAGCUACACAUGCUUGGAGGUUAUGGCGGUUACAUCUACGAGGUGGUGGUCUCACGUAUGCACUCCAUGGCUCUGGAAAUCGAGAAUGGCAUGCGCAUCAUCGGCUUGAGUGUGCCUCUUGCAAACGCCCGUGAUAUUGGCGAGUGGAUUGGUGCCAACAAGCAUACCAUUUAUAACUUCAGCCCUCACGCCCGUCCAGUACCUCUUGAGCUCCAUAUCCAGUCCUUCACCAUCCCUCACUUUCCCUCGCUUAUGCUUGCAAUGGCCCGACCAGCAUACCACUCAAUCCUACAGCUGUCAGCCGAUAAGCCCGCCAUUGUCUUCGUGCCGAGCCGGAAACAGACUCGUGCUACUGCCAUGGAUCUGCUAGCUGCAUGUGCCACGGACGACAACGAGGAUCGAUUCCUCCACGCCGAUGUCAACGAGCUGGCUCCUCUCCUCGGCCGAAUUCAAGAGCGGACGUUGGCAGAGUCUCUCUCCCACGGUAUUGGCUAUUAUCAUGAGGCAUUAAGUCCUACGGACAAGCGCAUCGUGUCUCACCUCUUCUCCAUCGGUGCUAUCCAGGUUCUGCUUGCUUCUCGUGAUGUAUGCUGGGAGCUCGACUUGACUGCGCACCUGGUGAUUGUUAUGGGAACUCAAUUCUUCGAGGGCCGCGAGCACCGCUACAUCGACUAUCCCAUCAGCGAGAUCCUGCAGAUGUUUGGCAAGGCUUCUCGUCCCGGUGAGGACAAGCUUGGUCGCGGUGUGCUCAUGGUGCCGGCCGUCAAGCGCGAUUAUUACAAGAAGUUCUUGAACGAGGCCUUGCCCGUUGAGAGUCACUUGCAGGCUUAUCUGCACGAUGCGUUUGUCACGGAGAUCAGCACAAGAACGAUUACCUCGACCCAAGAUGCCAUUGAUUGGAUGACGCAUACGUACUUCUACCGUCGCCUCCUAGCCAACCCGAGUUUCUAUGGUCUGACUGAUGUCAGCCACGAGGGUCUCAGUACAUUCCUGUCUGAGUUGCUCGAAAACACUCUGAAGGAGUUGUCUGAUGCCAAGAUCGUGGAUCUCGAUGAAGACGACGACAGUGUCGCUCCUCUGAAUGCUGCCAUGAUUGCCUCAUACUACAACAUCUCCUUCAUCACUAUGCAGACCUUCCUUCUUUCCCUGUCGGCCCGCACUAAGCUCAAGGGCAUCCUGGAGAUCAUCACUUCGGCCACGGAGUUUGAAACCAUUCAGAUGCGUCGUCACGAGGACCACAUUCUUCGCCGCGUGUAUGAUCGUGUACCGGUGAAGAUGGCUGAGACUGCUUACGACUCGCCCCACUUCAAGGCCUUCGUCCUGCUGCAGGCUCAUUUCUCGCGCAUGCAAUUGCCCAUCGACCUUGCCAAGGAUCAGGAAGUCAUUGUCAGCAAGGUGCUGAACCUUCUCAGUGCGUGUGUGGAUGUGCUCUCGUCGGAGGGUCAUCUGAAUGCGAUGAACGCGAUGGAGAUGUCACAGAUGGUCGUCCAGGCCAUGUGGGACCGGGACAGCCCGUUGAAGCAGAUUCCUCACUUUGGGCCCGAGGCGAUCAAGGUGGCUAAUGAGUACAAUAUCAACGACAUCUUCGAGUUCAUGGAAGCCAUGGACCCGUCGGAGAACAAGGACUACGCGACACUGGUGAAGCGCCUUGGCCUGGACAACAAGCAGCUGGCCCAAGCGGCUGCUUUCACGAACGAGAAGUAUCCCAACCUCGAGCUCGACUUUGAAGUGGAGGAUCCUGAGAAUGUCACCUCGGGCGAGCCGGCCUACCUCAAAAUCAAGAUCGAGCGAGAAGUCGAGGAGGAUGAAGAGCCUGAUACGACAGUUCACGCGCCCUUCUACCCAGGCAAGAAGAUGGAGAAUUGGUGGCUGGUGGUGGGAGACGAGAAGACCAAGAACUUGCUCGCCAUCAAGCGGGUGACUAUUGGGCGAAAACUGGAUCUGCGUCUGGAAUACAUUGUGCCGACGCCUGGCGAGCAUGAGUUGACGCUCUACUUGAUGAGUGACAGCUAUGUGGGUGUGGAUCAAGCUCCUACCUUCACAGUCACGGCGGCGGAGGUCCUCCUGGGAGCUCCUCGGCGCUCUGGCCCUGUGCCGAAUGCCUCAGGCACCCUUGCGGUCUACACCCAGACCACCUAUUCGUUCGAAUCUCACUCCAAGACCAACGAGAUCCGCGUAUUGGACAUUGAAAGUGGCAGAUCGGCCCUCAUUACCAAUGAUGCCGGUGCCAGUUGUCCUCAGUGGCUAGGCGACAGCAACCAGCUGGUCUGGUUGAAAGCCAAGGCGAACGGCAAUACGAGCUUUAUCAUCGGGGAUGCACGCGAGGCAGACAAAACCUAUACUGCAGGAACGGUUCCAGGCCCGGUCUCAGAUCUCAAGGUCACAGUGGUUGAGCCGGGCAAGAUUGGCUUUGCGGUCACCGGCAAGGCCAACACGGACGGUACCUUGUACAACCCCCAUGACGCGAAGAAGCCGACCAGUACCGGUCGCCUCUACACCUCGCUAUUCGUUAGACACUGGGACUCGUAUAUUGAGCCCCAGAAGAAUGCUAUUUGGUAUGGGUUGCUCCAGCAAGCGCCUCUCUCUCCUCCCACCCGACAAGCGGGCAAGUACGCUGUGUCUGGGCUCACGAACCUGAUCCAAGUUUGUGGCUUGACUGGGGUAGAGUCGCCGAUUCCGCCGUUUGGCGGUACUGGUGAUUUUGACAUCAGCCCCUCUGCGAUCGUGUUUGUUGCUAAGGAUCCGAACCUGAACCCUGCCACGCACACCUCUUGCUCGUGCUACUACUGUCCGAUGUUCUCCUGGACCAGCGUGACGGCAAUGGAGACUAGGGUGUGCACCCUCAAGGGCCUGGAAGGAGCCAUGUCCUCCCCGAUUCUGACCUCUGACGGUAGCUCCAUUGCUCUACUCGUAAUGCGGGAGGACGGAUAUGAGUCCGAUAAGAGACGGAUUUUGUAUGUGCCGAACCCGUGGAGUGGCGAGAUGAUCGAGAUUUUUGCGUCGUCGGAUGGGGAGGGCGCCUGGCCUCUUAGUCCGUCGGGGUUGACGUUUGCGCAUGACGAUAAGUCGUUGAUCAUCCAGGUCGAGGAGAUCGGACGGGGAGUUCUCUAUCAGCUGCCUCUAGAGAAUGUUCGCCACUCAACGCCCGACGCGUUGAAGAAGCUGACACAUUCAGGAUUCGUGACGGAGGUGUUCCCUGCCGCAGCCAACUCGAGCAAAUUACUCAUCGCCAGUAGCACUCUUGUGGACAACAGCCAGUGGUCUAUCAUUGAUCCUGAGUCGCCGAAUGACGUGCGUGUUAUAUCCUCCAUUGGACGCGACGGUGCUUCCUUCGGGCUUUCCCCUACACAAAUCGAUGAAAUCUGGUACCGUGGUGCAAAUGACACACCUGUACAUGCCUGGGUGGUGAAGCCGUCCCACUUCAAGCCGGGGGAGAAGUACCCGUUGGCUUAUCUGAUUCAUGGAGGUCCUCAAAGUGCGUGGUGCGAGCAAUGGAGCACUCGGUGGAACCCCGCUAUAUUCGCUGAACAAGGAUAUGUUGUCGUAACGCCGAACCCUCGCGGCAGUACCAGCUAUGGGCAGAAGUUCACAGAUGAGAUCCGUAAUGCCUGGGGAUCGCUUCCCUAUGUCGAUCUCGAGAAGGGCCUUGAUUACAUUGAAGAGAAUCUGGAUUACGUGGAUACCACGCGAGCUGUGGCUUUAGGCGCCUCUUACGGCGGGUAUAUGGUCAAUUGGAUCCAGGGUCAUCCGCUGGGCCGGCGAUUCAAGGCGCUGGUGACGCAUGAUGGAGUGUUUAGCAUGAACUCGAUGCUGGCCAGUGAAGAACUCUACUUCCCUCUACGGGACCUCAAGGGUCCUUUGUGGAAGGUGCCCGAGAACUGGGAGCGCUGGGAUCCUUCUCGUCAUACCGCCAACUGGCAGACACCGCAUCUGAUCAUCCACAAUGAGCUCGACUAUCGGUUGACCAUUGCUGAGGGACUCGCCGCGUUCAAUGUGCUGCAGUUGCAGGGGGUAGACAGCGCCUUUUUGACCUUCCCGGAUGAGAACCACUGGGUGCUGAACCCGGAGAAUUCGCUCAUGUGGCAUUACACGGUGCUGAACUGGAUCAACAAGUACACGGGGCUGCCGGUCGCCUCGAGCAAGUAUGCGGAGUUCAGCGCCACGAAGGCUCCAGCGAUGGAGAAACGACUGGAAACUGUGUCAUUGUGA